AAAUCAGACCCGAAAAGGACCCCACCAUCCUCCCGUAACGCCUUCCCAACCUUCCUCUCCCGCACGCUACCAAGCCCACCAAAAAUCUACAGAAAACAGACCCAUAAACCGCUAGGGUUGCCAAAACCGCCGAGAUUUCCAGGGAAGAAACCACUCCCCCGUCCUCAUCACUCUCACCUGUUUGACACAUUUUGCACGUGAAACUCGUCGCACCAGAUUAUUAGGGUUUUUCUCCCAAUUUUGCCUAACUACUAUACUCAAAACGAAGCGAGGAUUUGUUUUUCAUGUUAGGCGAAGAGUUCAUGACUUAUGAAUGGAGAUUAUUAUCUCUAAUUUUUUCUCGAAUAAUUCGAUUUUUCUCGCUGUUGCUGCCCUCUUGAUUACCGCCCUAGGUUGCGUUUUCGGAACUCUCUUCACCGUUCGAACAAAAGCGAAAUUUUCCGGCGGUUUCUGUUGCUCUUGUAAGGGUAAUUCGGGAACUUUUCAUACGACGGCGUAUCUCAACGGUGUCAUUACUGGUUUGGAGGACAAUUCUAGGAGUGGGGAAGACGAAAUGGUUGAGAAAGUGGCGGCGGUGGUGCCGCCGGAAAAGCAGUCCGGUGCUUCGAUGAUGGAGCAGUUGGUGCCGGAGAUCACUACGCAUGCUUUGAGUUACUUGGACUAUCCGAGUUUGUGCAGGCUUUCCAUGACUAAUUCACAGAUGCGUAAGGCUGCCAAUGAUGAUAAUGCAUGGAAAGCUCUCUAUCACAAGGAUUUCACAUUGGAGCAGGAUAGUGUGAUUCCAGUUAAUGGAUGGAAGGCCUAUUAUGCAGCUACAAGAGCCAUUGUGAACAUUAACAAUGAAUUUUUUCGCAUCAUUAAAGAAAGGUCACUUGCAGAAAUGGGUCAUUUCUGGCUAAAUGCAGAUUAUGUGAAGUGUUUCCAUGCUUCUGGAGAGUCCUUUACUGGAUACAGUGCGGUCAUGCAAAGCUGGCAGCUAGCUUUUAACUGGGAGCAAGGUUUUAAUUUUCAAGUUCAAGAUGUAAGGGCACGGGUACUAACAGAUAUGGCUUGGGUAGCCAUGAAAGCUUAUGUUGACAUGGAGACUGGGCCAUUCAAUGUGACUAAUAUAUUUGAAUUCCAUAAUGGAAGGUGGUACAUGGUCCAUCAUCACACCUCAGUGAUGAUGGUAAAUGGAGGCGCCGAACAACAAAUGAUGCAGGGUUAGGAAGCAUAGUCUCAAAGCUUAAGUUACAAGGAUGAUGGUAUUUAUUAAAAUUUGAAAGUGGUGAUAAUGUCUCCACUGUAGCCUUUGAUUAUGCUGCCGGUGUGGAACAGAAGCCUUGUGAUCAGCUGCCUCAAUGUCGCUGGCUAGCAACGCCGUUGAAUUUCACUCUGGUUGAUUUCAUCUAGGGAUCUAGAAUGAUUGGAUUUUUUUAAGAUGGGUCAGAUCUCCAUUGUCUAUAUAAAGCCCAAUUAUCACCUAUUUCUGGGCAUAAGGCAUAGACAUUCUUCUCAUCCGUAGAUAGCACUCUUAACUGAUGAGAGAAGGGUCCGGUGCUUGUGAACAAUUUUUUCACCUUUUUCUCACCCUUCUUGCACUGUUGGAAUUUGCUGCUGGUGAAAUGUUAAAAAAAAAAAAAAGAGGUUCCAUGGUCUAGUUCAAUGAAACCUUCUACGAUUCCUCCGCUGUUUAGCAAACACGUCCAUUCUGAUAUUUUGGUUUCAAGAUUAAUGUAAGGGCAUCUGAGUGCAGUGCAGUAGUCUGAUGGUGUAUUGACGUAAUAUCUACUGUACUGUAUAUAAAGCUUGAGGAAAGGGUUUGGAUUAACAUUGAAAUUAA